GUCCCGCAGCCCCUCCCUGAGUGCAGCGCGGUGGGCGGGGUGUAAUCUUGCUCUCGCGCUUCCCCGGCUCCCGGUGCCGGAGAGAGGAGAACCGCGGCGGGCGGGCUUGUGGAGCACACGCAGCGGCCGCCGGUCUGUGCUGUCGGUCGGUCGGUAGGUCGGCUUCGAGCAGCGGCAGCAGUCGGGUGUCGAGCGCGUGGAAGCCGCGAUGGGACGAGUGGAGUUCCCCCGACGAUGUUAACGCACCCACGGGCAACUUCAAACCUGAGCGACCGGGAGAGCGCGGAGGUGGAGCCCGGAGCCCGGUGCGCUGCGGCGGGGGAAACUUUCCGAGAAGUGGGGACGCGGACACACCAGCGGCGCUAACAUGGCAGAUCGCAGCGUCUGUGAUGUCAACAUCCUCAGCAUCCCGGUGCCCAUUCGUCGCGGCGGCUCAGAGUCCAACCUGGACGUGGUUGACAGCGUCGGAGAUGACGGAGUGGGACUGGAUUUCACCAAGGGAGCGUUGGGUAUCGACAGCCUGCAGCAGAAGAUCCUCAAGGUGACGGAGCAGAUUAAGGUGGAGCAGGCGGCUCGGGACCAGAAUGUGGCCGAGUACCUGAAGCUGGUGAACAACGCCGACAAGCAGCAGGUGUCUCGUAUCCGUCAGGUCUUUGAGAAGAAGAACCAGAAGUCGGCACAGAACAUCUCCCGGCUGCAGAGGAAACUGGAGCAGUACCACCGCCGCAUGAAGGACAGCGAGACCAACGGCAAGCAAAGCCACAAGGACGGCAGCGGCAAGGAGUCUGGGACUCACAGUAAGGAGGGCAGCCUGCGGGACGUCAGCGCCACCGGGCGCCACCCGGGGCUGGAUAAGGUGAAGACGAUCGGGCCCGGUGUGUCGCUCUCGCCGCCGUUCUUCUUCAACAAGUCACGGGAGUUUGCCAACCUCAUCAGGAACAAGUUUGGCAGCGCCGACAACAUCGCCCACCUCAAGAGCUCCAUGGAGACAGGCUCAGGGCUGCAGGUAGACAGCGCGGCGAGGGGGUUGAGCGGCAGCGCCACCACAGUAGCCAAGACAAGCAAGUACCAGAGCGACGACGAGUGCUCCACCGGGACAUCCGCGUCCGCCGACUCUAAUGGGAACCCAGGAGGGGGCUCGGCGGCAGGGUCCGGGGGUCCUGGGAGGUCAGACUCUAACGGGCGACUGGGGGAGGUGCUGGACAUGGUGCGUGAGAUCAGGGACGCUCAGGGACAGUUGGCUGAGGAGAUGGAGACGAUGAACUCACAGUUCAAACGAGACUAUGGCUACUUCACACAGGUGCUGCAGGAGGAACGAUACCGGUGA